AUGCAUUCAAUGUCAUAUCAUUAUCUCGCUGAAGUAUCGACAAUAAGCCACAUUAUAGGGGAAACUUGCUAUGCUAUAUGGAAUUCAAUCCGUCAGGAAGUGAUUCCACCAUCAAAAACUACAGAGGAAUGGCUGCAUCUUGCUAAAGAAUUUGAAGAGAGGUGGAAUUUUAAUCAUUGCAUAGGAGCAAUUGAUGGCAAACAUGUUAUUAUUGAGUGUCCACCAAAUGCAAGAUCAUCUUAUUAUAACUAUAAGAAUAGUCACAGUAUUGUGCUCCUAGGAAUUUGUGAUGCACAAUAUAUCUUUACGUUCGUCAAUAUAGGAGCCUAUGGUCGUCGCAAUGACGGUGGAAUUUUUAGAAACUCAAAGAUGGGUCUAAAAUUUCAUUCUAAUGAAAUAAAUGUACUUGUACUAGAACCUCUCAGCCCAGGUGGAUCGUCUUUACCAUAUGUUCUGGUGGGCGACGAAGCCUUUCAAUUAACGAAUUAUUUGCUUCAGCCUUAUCCAGGAAAAGGCGGCUCUUGGAGAAGUUGCAUGGAUAAUAGUGCAUUCAUGGACAUAACUCAAUGCGGUUCUAAUAAUAGUUCUCGUCGAGCAAUGCAGAUUUGA